CGGCGAGGCGUCAACACAGACCAACAGUUCAGUAGUUCAGCCAAUAGCUAGCGCACCAGGAUCGCAAGGAUUAGCAAAAUGUACAAGUUGGUGGUGUUCUUCGCUCUGCUCGCCGUCGUGGCUGCCCGUCCGGGCUACCUGGAGUCUGGUCCACUGCUCCACAGCUAUGCCGCUCCUGCCAUCAUCCAUGAACCGGCUCUGGCCAAGGUGGGCGCCAUCAUCAAGACCGUGCCCAGUGCCGUCUCCCACCAGAGCAUCAGCCAGGUGCACAGCUCGGCCCACAUCAUCCAGCCGAUUGUGGCUCCGGUGGUGAAGACCUAUGCCGCUCCCAUCAUCAAGACUUAUGCGGCUCCUGCCCUCCACACCACACUCCUCUCGUCUCCGUGGGCCGGACAUGGUUGGGCUGGCCAUGGCUGGGCUCCGUCCUGGUAAAUGUGAUGGAGGUUCCUGGAUGGCAUUGCGUGGGCUAGCAACUUUGGCUUACCCUCACCCCGAUCCCAUGCUUAAACUCUCAACCCUGCUGUUUUGUUUUUCUUCUUUCACAUUUCGACUGAUGUAAAUAAAUCCAUGUUUCAUGCUCAAAAUAA